CAGCAACCUUCGGGAUAUGGUCUGCAAGCAUCGUGCCGCCCGCACGAAAAAAAAAAGUGGCUGGUUAGCUUCAAGGUCCAACCAUUUGUCCACGUCUAUUUUCCCCUUUUUUUCUCUUCCUCUGACUGGUCUCUCAAGGGGAAAUCUUUCGCUCUUCGGUCCUUGCGCCGGGAGGUCACUAGACAGGGUGACCAUGUUUCCCUUGGCUUUUGCUACUCCGUACCGAGUACACAGUGACCCCAUCAACAAUGAGAAGCCGGAUUGACCCUUUUCGUGAGAGCGUCUGUCUGUCAACCUUAUUUGCUCGUGUCUGUUAGAUUACCCUGGCGGACGAGCCCCGACAACGGUCGGAGGCCGAGAGCUUAGCGCGUGGGUGUCAUGAUUGUCUAUGCCCGUGAGUGGGUUGUGGGCGCACGAGGGGGGGGGAAUGGAGGCCUAGAGCUGAUGGCCACCGAUGAUUUGUUGCGGGCGGUUUUAAGCCCGCUCUAUUGCCUACUUAGUCAAUGAGCACGGCUGUCAUGAAUCAUGUCCACGGGUAGAGCACCGGAGCUUAUACACAACACGUAAGACCCCUCCAGAGACUGG